AUGCAAAUUUCAUUCAUUUUCCUGAUUAUAUCGAGCAUUCUGACUCUCACAUUGUGUGCUGACCCUGGCACAACUGUCAAUGUUCGAAUCGAGGGCAAGACCAAUACUAUAUUCGAGUCAAAUGUUUUCACCCGGGGACACAAUGUCACGACUGUGUCAGGCGGUACACAUCAUUGCGAUGGUACAAAUUUGAAUAGUCAUCCAACAGCUGGUCCGACUGCUACAAGUGCUCUCGAUGAUGCAAGCAAACAUGGUCAUUUUACUUGGGACGGUACGUUCUCAACUACAUAUGAUGAUUUCUUCAUUACACGCAUCGGCAGUGACGCGCAAACGGCUACACAAUUCUGGGGUAUUCUGGCCAAUUAUAACUACACAAAAACUGGAGGAUGUCAAACGCGCGUUCAAAAAAAUGACCAAGUUCUAUUCGCUUUUGAUGCAUUUAACAAACAUUUUUUUCUCAAACUCGCAGGACCUUCGACUGCUCGUCAUGGCAUUGAGACAAUAUUCAGGGUUACAGAUGGCUCUUCAGGCAAACCAAUGUCAGGUGCGACAGUUGAUAAAUAUGUAUCCGAUUCCGAUGGAAAUGUAAAAAUUACGUUUGCAAAAGGUGGUUGGCAUACACUAAAGGCAGAACAUAACGAUUCUAUUCGUUCAAACACAAUCUUGGUUCAAGUACAUUAA